AGAAUAGUCUAGAAGCCGAGCGAACAGGAAAAAAACGAUUUUCAUUAAAAAGUGCGCGUUGUUGGUGCGAUUUUCACGGAAAAAUGCUCCUCAAGGCUUUUCUCGUUUUAAGCACCGUUUGUUUGAUAGGCGUGAAAACCGAUUUCUAUAAUGACUUGAGCCUGUUCCACGAGCUGCAGCAGGAGCCUCUCAAACUCAACUGGAACUGGGACGGCCCGGUGCAAAGCAGACGCGCCGUCGACCGUCCCGACGACGUGGAGGAGGCCAGCGACGAGCGGAAAGAGCCGCUCUCGAAGAACUACAAGGACCCAGUGCCGGCCAGCUCCGAGCAAAAGCCCGUCCUUCGCCCGACGCCUAAGCCUAAGCCGUCCGAAGGCGCCGGCAAACCGGAGGACGCUCUGCUACACGGGGGCGUCGUGAGCGUCGACGCCGGCGGCUUCGGAGGGCCUCUGGUCGAUUUGCCGGAGUUUGAUUUCGCUUCUUCGUUCGGGCUGGGUUCCAGGCCUUUUGGAAUCGGUGACCUGCUCAAUUCGUUCCAAGUUAACCAAUGGUGGAAAGGGGAAAACGUCUGCGUAGAAAGGGAAGAAAGUACCGACAACGAAAACGAAGAAGGAGAGAAUAACGAAGAAAAGAAAAACUCGAGCACACAAGCACCAAAAACUUUACCAGAUUUGUUCUCGACGUCCAUCAGCCUCUCGAAUUGCUUCGAAACGCCCAGCAAAUACGAAUGUCUCACUAAAAUUAAUAAUCACGGUGUAAUUAAAACGUUCACGGUGCGCUAUAAGUGUUGCUACGGUUACGGCCGCACGAAAGGAGGAUGCGAAAAAUUGGCCGAUCUGAAGCCGCUUCUGCAGACUUUGGACGACAUUAAAAUCAAGGAAUUCCGAGAUUUAAUCAAAACUGCUGGUUUGGACGAGAAAUUCAACAGCGGGAACUACUCGUUGUUCGCUCCCAGCGACAAUGGCUUAGCAGACUACAAUGAAAAGUUGAAUGAAAUGAAUAACGUUGUUGAAGUAGUCCGCAGAAGAAGGGCAAGCCCUAGCAUCCCCGCGAAGGAGCUAGUCCUGAGCCAUGCUGUGCAAGGAUUCCUCGAUUUAACAGAAAUUGAUAACGAUGAAGUCAUAUACAGCGAAAACGACAACAGUUCCAUAAGAAUAAACAUUUAUCCGACCAGUACUCGAGAAAGAUUGUAUACCGUCAAUUGCGCCAGAGUGAAAACUCCCAAUGUUUUAGCCGAAAAUGGUAUAAUCCACGUGACAGACGGUAUAGUCGUGCCGGUUAGUCAAAAUGUUGAAACCGUUAUCAAGGAACACCCGAAAUUGAGGAUGUUCAGCAAAGCAAUUUCGAACACAGAUAUUCCUAGUCGCAUGAAGUCUAACGGGCAUUACACAGUUUUCGCUCCAACUGACGAAGCAUUCGCUAAAUUAGACGAAUCCCAACGACAGAAGAUUCUGAGUGGAUCAGGAUGCUCUGCAAGCAUCCUGAAAUUCCAUUUCACGCCUCACACGAUUUGCUCCCCGGCAAUCGUAGGAAAUGCGACCACUCACAACGUAGAAGGGGAUACAGUACACAUGCAAAGGACUAACGAGGACGAAUUGAUUUUCGAAAAAACUGCAAAAAUUGUGGAAGCUGACGUUGUUGCAACCAACGGUGUUAUUCAUUUGAUCGAUACCAUUAUUAUACCGGAUUCAGGUCUCUACAUCGGCAACGUCUUGAACCACCGAAACUACUCAAAAUUCCAAGAACUUAUCCAAAAAGCGGAAUUAGACGAACAAAUCAACAGUUUGCAGAACGCCACAAUUUUUGUACCGAGUAACGCGGUUUUCGAAUCGACCGAAGGAAAAAAACUGCUAGGAGAAAUGGAAAACGAUCCGGAGAAAUUGAAAGAUAUGAUCAGAUAUCACACGGUCAAAGGUCUGAUGCCCUCCAACGACAUGAACAACAACGCGAAAUUGGAAACCUACAAUGAAGGAAAGGAAUUAAGAUUGAAUUUAUAUUCGACUCUACCUCUAUUCACUAACGUAGUGAACAGAGCCACGGUAAACUGCGCCAGAUUGGUCGGUUUCGACGAAAAAGCUUGCGGUUCGGUGCUUCACGAGGUAAACAAAUUCCUGGUUCCCCCGACUGAAAACAUCCUGGAAGUGAUCGCGAACGACGCCAAAUACUCCACCUUGAGGACCCUCCUGAAGGACACCGAAGCCGAGAGGAUUUUGCAACAGAAUAACAGAUCCCUGACGUUCCUGGCGCCCACGGAUGAGACCUUUGCGGCGUUGGACGAGAAAGAUAAGGAAGCUUUAUUGAACGAUAAGAAGAAAGCUGAAUAUGUUUUGAAGAACCACAUUUUAACCGAGGUUCUGUGUUGUUCGGGCGUCGGGCCGCAAUCUUGGGGUUUCAGCAGUUUCGUUUCGACGUUGAGCAACACCCAAGUGGAAAUAGGAAGAACGGGAAGCAGAGUACGCAUUAACGGGGCAAUUGUAACCAGUUGUGAUAAUAUGGCGACCAACGGAGUGGUUCACACCAUCAACAAGGUGUUGUUGCCCAGGCAACCCCAGGUACCAUCUCUCGGUGGGUUCUUUUUAUUCGAUAUUUAAAUUUUAAAUAGUGAGUUAUUUUAUAGUGAUACCCGUUUAUGUUCUGACUGAAAUUAUGUACUUUCCGAAUAGGAGAUAAUUUUUAAUUUAUUCUGUACACCGUAUGUAGUUUUACAUCAACAUAUGUUUUUGUAUAUGCUUGAAUUUAAAAUAAAGUGUUAUUCACAAAUAUA